GGGGGGGUCCUUGGGCGGCGGAGGCGGGCGAGGCAGGUGCGCGAUGCGAAGGAGCGCGGAAGCAGGGAGACGGUCCGGUCAGUUGCUGCCAGCGAGAGCAUGACCCAGACACAGGUUUCCAGGAGCUGAACGAGGCCUGACUGCCCUGCCCCCACCAUGUCUUACUUUGCAGAGCACUUCUGGGGAGAGAAGAACCAGGGAUUCGAUGUCCUUUAUCACAACAUGAAACAUGGGCAAAUCUCGGCCAAGGAGCUGGCGGACUUCGUGCGGGAGAGGGCGGCUGUGGAGGAGGCCUAUGCCAAGUCCAUGGUCAAGAUGUCCAAGAUGGCCGGCAACAGCACCCAGCUGGGGACCUUUGCCCCCCUCUGGGAGGUCUUCCGCAUCUCCUCGGACAAGCUGGCACUGUGCCACGCUGAGCUGGUGAAGAAGCUGCAGGACCUCAUCAAGGAGAUCAGCCGCUACGGGGAGGAGCAGCUGCGAGCCCACAGAAAGUCGAAGGACGAAGUGGCCGGGACCCUGGAGGCCGUCCAGCAGCUUCAAGGGGCCGCCCAGCACCUGCCCAAGGCCAAGGAGGCCUUCCACAGCCGAUGCCAGGAGCUGGAGAGGCUACGCAGGGAGGGGGCCAGCCAGAAGGAGAUGGACAAGGCAGAACUGAAGUCCCGAAAGGCCGUGGACGCUUUGCGGCGCACCGUGGAGAAGUACAACGCGGCCCGUGCCGACUUUGAGCAGAAGAUGCUGGACUCGGCCGUGCGGUUCCAGGAGGUGGAGGAGUCUCACCUGCAGCACCUGAAGUCCCUGGUCGGCUCCUACAUCCACUCGGUGGAGGACACCCACGUCCAGAUUGGGCAGGAGGGUCCCCUUCCCUCCCCUGCUCAGGUGCAGGAGGAAUUCAAGCAGAACAUGGAGAACAUUGGGGUGGAGACGCUGCUACGCAACUUUGCCGAGAGCAAGGGCACCGGCUGCCACCCGCCAGGGCCCCUGGACCUGGAGGAACUGAGCGUGAUGUCCUCCUCACAGGAAGGACCCAAGCGCAGCCGCAGCAAAGCCUUCCGCAUUCCCGGACUCGGGCGCAAGGAGCGCGGGCGGGACUCGGGGGAGUCUCCGGAGGCAGAUUCAGGGCCCCCUGAGGUGGACGAGGAAGGCUUCACCGUCCGGCCCGAAAUGAACCAGAACGGCGAACAUAGCAGCCGCUUCUGCUCUUCCAGUGACUCAGACUACGAUGAUGAGGACCCGCCCAAAUUCUAUAUCCGGAUCAAGCCCAUCCAGCCGCCUGAGCGAGUGGGCAGUGCCGCCACCUCGGCCGCUACGGAGCAGCUGAAGGCCUCAGUGGGCAGCCUCAUCCUGCCGCCCUGCGUGGGGGGCACCAUGAAGAGACAUUCCUCCAGGCACUUGAAAACCUUCCCUUCGGCUGCUGUGGUGCCCACUGACACUGGCCCAGCCCCAGGCGCAGGAGAGCGAGGUGGUAGACCAGGGAGCGCUGUGACCCCCAACCUGGUGCCCCGGAUGAACAGCUGUGACAGUAAAAGUAAGCCAGAGGCCCUUCCGGCCAGCGCCUUGUUUGGGCCUCCCCUGGAGUCGGCCUUUGAAAACGAAGCCUUCACAGCCCCCCGAGCCUACCUGCUGGCCUCCAGCCCCUCCCCCUUCUCCUCCUCCUCCCCCGAGAACGUGGAAGACUCUGGCCUGGACUCCCCCCCCCACCUGGCCAUGGGGCCCUCCCCAGAUUCCCGGCUGUGGAGCUCCCGACCGGCCACGCCCCUGAGCCCCACGGGCCAAAGGACCCCCAAGGGGGCCAUCACGUUCCGGGGCAGCCGCGGGGCCAUUCUGCCCGAGGACAGAGCUAACCCCUGGCUGCCCCAGCCCUCGGCCCCCCAGGAUGCCCGCUUCGGGGCAGAGCCAGACUGGGCAGGAUCCGGGGCCUCAUGGCCCCCUGCAGGGGCCCGGGCCUUCUCUGCCUGCUCCCCUGACCUCUUCUCCUCGGAGGCUGGGUUGGGGGGUCGGCGGCUUUGGGUGUCCCGGCCUCGGAGCCCGGCAGCCUCAGACGGGGCCCCUCGGACUGGGGAGCGCGACAGCUGCCUCUCCUCCAACUCAGCUUCCUCCUCCUCCUCCUCUCCGGCCCCCCUCAGCAGCGGGGACUCCACCAGCCCCUCCCCCUGGGCUCCCCGGGGCCGUGACCUGGACAGCAGGGGCCCCUCUGCCUCCGAUGCCUCCUCUGAGCACACUGCCUUUCCCCCUUCGGCCCCACAUGCCUGGCCCCACACGGCAGCUCCUGUUCGGCGAACCCUCUCCAAGAGAGCCUCGGCCAUGUCGGCCACCAGCCUUGGGGGCGAGACGCCCCGGUCCUUCAGCCCUGCCCCACUGUCCGCUCUGACCUCGUCCCAAAGCACCUCCGCCCUGACUGAGCCACGUGGCCUCUUCACGGCCAGCCAGCAGCCGCCGCCACCAGCCCUGGGUAGGUCUUCUCUGGCCAGGAGGGGGGGAAGCGUGGCAGGACCCUCCGCCUGGGCUGAGGGCUCUCCUUCUCUCUUUCCUUCCGUGCCAGGCGUCUCCCGUGGGCCCUCCCCCGUGGUCCUGGGCUCCCAGGGGGCCCUGCCCGUGGCCACAGCCUUCACGGAGUACAUCCACGCUUACUUCAAGGGGCAGAACGCAGACAGCUGCCUCGUCAAGGUGACCGGGGAGCUGACCAUGUCCUUCCCGGCGGGCAUCAUCCGGGUUUUCAGCAGCGCCCCGGCCCCCCCGGUCCUCAGCUUCCGCUUGCUGCACACGGCGCCCAUCGAGCAGUUCCUGCCCAACGCCAGCCUGCUCUUCAGUGACUCCUCGCAGAGCGACCCCAGCAGCAGAGACUUCUGGCUUAACAUGGCCGCCCUGACUGGGCACCUCCAGAAGCAAGCUGAGCAGUCAGGGGCUGCCCCAUAUUACAACGUGACCCUGCUCAGAUACCAGUACUCCCGGCAGGGGCAGGAAUGGGCCCCGCUGCAGCUGUCAGUCAGCUGGGAGUGUGGCUCGGAGGCCACCCGGGUGAGUGUGGACUACCGCUACAAUGCCUCCGCCUUGGCCUCGGCCGUGGCCCUCACCAACGUACAGGUGCUGCUGCCCAUCGAGGAGCCCGUGGCCAACGUCCAGCCCCAACCCAAGGCCUGCUGGAACCUGGAGGAGAAGCGCCUGCUCUGGCGGCUUCUAGACGUGCCCAGCACCCAGGGCCAGGGAGGGUCCGGCCGCCUCCUGGCCAGCUGGGAGCCCUUGGACGGCCCCAGCAGACCCACCCCAGUGGCUGCCCAGUUCACCAGUGAGGGCAGCACCGUCUCAGGAGCCGACGUGGAGCUGGUGGGCAGCGGCUACCGGAUGUCACUGGUGAAGAAGAGGUUUGCCACAGGAAUUUAUCUCGCCGGCUCCUGAACAUUGGCGGCCCUGGGAACUUUUCUCUCUUAACUCUUCUGGGAGACAAAAAUAAUAUAUUUGUGUGUUUUAAAUUAUUUUUUGCCUGGAUUUUAAACACUGGGGGGGGGAGCCACGCUGGAGGCCUGAGAGGUCAGAAGAGGACGUGACUUGGACAGCCUGGAAGCUGCCCCCGGUCAGCCAUUCUCCCUCCCUCCACUUCGGUUCCGAUUCUCCAUCCGUCUUUCAAAAUGUGGCCGGUGGGCCCUGCCCCACUUGGGAAGCAGCCGAAGAGAAGUGGGGCGCCUGGGGGAACCUUGGUCUUUUAAUAAACAGGUUUGUUUUUCUAA